UACACCAUGCUCUCCCUGGUGUUGGGAUUCCUCAUCAUUCCAUGUGUGUUGGUGUCAUCCCAGGACAUUGAUGCACCAAUUGGGGCGGCAUCGUUAGCAUUUGUUUUUGACAUUACAGGAUCCAUGUACGAUGACUUGGUACAGGUCAUAGAGGGCGCUGCUAAGAUUUUAGCGACUGCACUGUCUCGGAGAGAAAAACCACUGUAUAAUUAUGUUCUUGUGCCAUUCCAUGAUCCAGACAUUGGUCCAUACCUUGUGACUUCUGACCCCGAAGAGUUCCAGCGAGAGUUGCGGUCCCUGUACGUGCAGGGUGGAGGCGACUGUCCCGAGAUGAGCGUGGGUGCAAUACAGCUGGCUCUGGAAGUGUCACUACCCAACUCCUUCAUCUACGUGUUCACCGACGCCAGGUCGAAAGACUACUACCUCACAGAGGACGUUCUCGCGUUAAUCCAGCAGAAACAGAGUCAGGUUGUGUUUGUGUUGACGGGUGACUGUGGUAAUAACACACACCGAGGUUACAAGGCGUAUGAGGAAAUAGCCUCCACCAGCUCUGGACAAGUGUUUUUACUGAAAAAAUCAGAUGUUAACCAGGUAUUAAACUUUGUGCGGGUCACAGUUCAAGCAAGAAAGGUGAACUUGAUGUCUAUAGACGAAGAUGAGGCGAAAACCCAGACGUUUACGAUCCCGAUUGACAGUAAACUACAGGAGAUCACCGUGUCCGUCAGUGGAGAGUCGCCCAGAAUCAUCCUACAUAAUCCAUUUGAUGAUUUUGAAGAGGAGACUGACAAACUGAGAGAGUUGCUGAACAUCUCCAAUGUUUUAAUAUACAACGUCAAGGAUCCGACUCCCGGACUCUGGCAGCUCGAGGUUGGCAGUCUAGGCCCACACACAAUCAGAGUUACAGGACUUAGUACUGCAGACUUUGCUGCCGGGUUUGCUAAAAAAUCGAUACAGGAUUUUUCAAAAACCAAUUUGAGACCAGUGAAAGGUGUGCCUACCCAUGUUCUGAUCAACUCGACCGACAUGGGCCCGCCAGCCAUUCUCACGAAGCUGGAACUGGUCGAUCUGAAGGGAAACCAGCUAGCCGAGUUCCCCGUGUUCCGUGAUCCACUGAACCCAGCUUUGUACAAUGUGUCCUCCUUCAUUCCCCCAGACAGCUUCUUCUACCUCAAGGCAAAUCUCCUUCAUUCCCCCAGAUGGCUUCUUCUACCUCAAGGUAUGGUGCUUGUGGAGGUCUUUCAUCUCCUUCAUUUCCCCAGACGGCUUCUUCUACCUCAAGGUAUGGUGCUUGUGGAGGUCUUUCAUCUCCUUCAUUUCCCCAGACGGCUUCUUCUACCUCAAGGUAUGGUGCUUGUGGAGGUCUUUCAUCUCCUUCAUUUCCCCAGAUGGUUUCUUGUACCUCAAGGUAUGGUGCUUGUGGAGGUCUUUCAUUUCCUUCAUUUCCCCAGACAACUUCUUCUACCUCAAGGUAUGGUGCUUGUGGAGGUCUUUCAUCUCCUUCAUUUCCCCAGAUGGUUUCUUGUACCUCAAGGUAUGGUGCUUGUGGAGGUCUUUCAUCUCCUUCAUUUCCCCAGACGGCUUCUUCUACCUCAAGGUAUGGUGCUUGUGGAGGUCUUUCAUCUCCUUCAUUUCCCCAGACGGCUUCUUCUACCUCAAGGUAUGGUGCUUGUGGAGGUCUUUCAUUUCCUUCAUUUCCCCAGACAGCUUCUUCUACCUCAAGGUAUGGUGCUUGUGGAGGUCUUUCAUCUCCUUCAUUUCCCCAGACGGCUUCUUCUACCUCAAGGUAUGGUGAUUGUGAUGUCUUUCAACAUAGGUAAAUCUCCUUCAUUCCCCAGACAGCUUCUUCUACCUCAAGGUAUAGUGCUUGUAGACGUCUUUCAACAUGGAUGGUUUCUUGUACCUCAAGGUAUGGUGAUUGUGGAGGUCUUUCAUCUCCUUCAUUCCCCCAGACGGCUUCUUCUACCUCAAGGUAUGGUGAUUGUGGAGGUCUUUCAUCCCUUCAUUCCCCCAGACAGCUUCUUCUAUCUCAAGACGGCUUCUUCUACCUCAAGGUAUGGUGAUUGUGGAGGUCUUUCAAAAUAUGUAAAUUUCCUUCGUUCCCCAGACGGUUUCUUCUACCUCAAGGUUGAUGGUAUCGAUGAAGAAGGGUUUGUUCUGAGACGCACGACCCCCACCGCCAUCAGCCCACGGAUCCCGACGGCCCCCACCGUGUACAUGGUGGACCUGACGCAGGGUUUCUUUGACCAGACAGCCGUGUUGACGUGCAUGGUCAAUAGUCUUGUGCCGUACGCAGUCCGCUGGUUCCGGGAUGGGAAACAGCAAGGUUACGAGGUGAACUACUUCGAUUCUGCGAAUGCAACCCUGGAGAUCCCGCGAGCAGGCGCUAAUUCGGAAGGUGACUACUACUGCAAUGCUUCUAACAUCGCUGGAUACGCAGUCACCAAGACGUAUCUCGACAUCAGUGACCCUCCCCCCGUGAUCUCGAAGACAGCAAAUGUGUCUGUGUUGCCUGGAGAUGACGCCAUCUUGACCUGUCAUGCGUACAGCAUCGUUGAGUUCAACAUGUCGUGGAUCACCCCGGGCAGGUUCGGCUACGGUCACCUGGAUCCUCGCAUUCGAAUCCUCUCCAACGGGUCCUUGUUUAUCAGAAAUGCCCAGAGGCAGGAUGAAGGGAUGUACAUGUGUAAAGCAAGCAAUGAAGGUGGCUCAUCCGAGGCUAAAGUCUUUCUCAGGCUGCAGGAGACACCGUUAGCAAGAACGAUUCCGGUACAGCAGAACUUUGUGGUUGGCCAGCACGUUAACAUCACCUGCGUCGCUGAUGGCUAUCCGGAGCCCACAUACACCUGGCUGCAGGGCGGGAAGUUCAUCGUCCCCACCGAUCGAAUGUUCUACCAUAACGGGGUCCUUACAAUCCGGAACAUCCAGAGGGCUGAUGGAGGAAACUAUGAGUGUCUGGCUAAAAACAUGGCCGGGGAAGAUAUAGCCCUGUCACGUCUUACUUACAUAGAGGCUCCUAACAUUAGACAGUAUGAGCGGCGCAUGCUGGUUGCCACUGGCGACAAGGCAGUCUUGUACUGUAAUGCUGAUGGUAUUCCCUACCCAGAAAUAACAUGGUACAGAGGUGAGAGAAAGCUGCAAGCGGCGUACAACGUGGACGUGACGCGGUCUGGCCAGCUGAUCAUCAGCAACGUAGAGGAAGCUGAUGAAGGGGAGUAUCGGUGUGUGGCCACCAACGAGGCCGGACGUGACCAGGCCAAGGUCAUCCUCAAAGUGGGAUCUCCACCAACUAUUUUCAUUCCUCCGGGUAACGUGGGUAUAGAAAUUGAGAAGAACGGAUCCCUGGAAUGUGAAGCCACGGGAAUUCCGCCUCCUAAGAUAAUCUGGAGAAGAGGCGAUGGGAAGCCUCUCGACUCAACCGGCCGCUUUCAGCAGCUUCCAUCGGGUGGCCUGGCCAUUACCAGUGAGUUGACAGUUGUCUUAGCAACACGAGUUCAGUUAAUUGGUUUAGAGAAAUCAGCUGCCAUUACCAGCGAGUUGACAGUUGUCUUAGCAACACGAGUUCAGUUAAUUGGUUUAGAGAAAUCAGCUGACAUUACCAGCGAGUUGACAGUUGUCUUAGUAACACAGGUUCAGUUAAUUGGUUUAGAGAAAUCAGCUGCCAUUACCAGUGAGUUGACAGUUGUCUUAGCAACACGAGUUCAGUUAAUUGGUUUAGAGAAAUCAGCUGCCAUUACCAGCGAGUUGACAGUUGUCUUAGCAACACGAGUUCAGUUAAUUGGUUUAGAGAAAUCAGCUGCCAUUACCAGCGAGUUGACAGUUGUCUUAGCAACACGGGUUCAGUUAAUUGGUUUAGAGAAAUCAGCUGCCAUUACCAGCGAGUUGACAGUUGUCUUAGCAACACAGGUUCAGUUAAUUGAUAUUCAGCUUGGAGACGAAGGUAUCUACUCGUGUCUGGCACAGAACACGUUCGGUGUUGCUGACGCAUCUGCUUUUGUCAGCGUCACUGGAAUUGUACGACCACUUAUAGCCUACACCUACCCAUUUGUGAAAGUUCAAGAGGGUGAGACUGCCGAACUAGAGUGUGUGGUGUUGCUAGGCAAGCCGACACCGUCGAUAAUGUGGACGAAGAACAGGAAGGUUGUACAAGGAGGGGGUCGUAUCAAGGAUCUGGGCCCAGGCAAGAUCGCCAUCACCAACAUCACCCAGGCUGACGACGGGGAGUAUAUCUGUGUGGCUUCCAACAUCGGCGGGAACGCAACAUACUCCAUCAAUGUUGACGUUCUAGUUCCACCAAGAAUGUUACAAGAGCCGAUAGACAGAAAGACGAACUUCAGUGUGAUUCAAGGUCGCGGAGUUGUCCUUCCUUGUCGUGCCCAGGGUGACCCUCCCCCAAGCUACCAGUGGUACAAGGACGGCAGUCCUAUCUCCCUCAGCGACAUCCAUUACUUUGUGCGAGAAGACGGUAGUCUGGAAAUAUUUAGUGCAGACCCCGACGACACUGGGACAUACAAGUGUGUUGUGUCCAAUGUUGCUGGCGGCACAGAGAAAGAUGUCAGUCUGUUUGUGCAAGUUGGCCCAUCAAUAUCUGGGGCCCUUGACGAGCAAUUUGAAAUAAACGAAGGGGAAGAUAUUCUGCUGCCCUGUGAUGCCAUAGGAACUCCGAAACCUAUUGUUUUCUGGAGACGCAACUUCACCCCAUUCAGACCCAAAGUGUCCCGAAUUAUAUUUGAAAGUAAUGGUCUGUUUUUCAAGAAAGCAAAGAUUCGGGACAAAGCAAUUUAUGAGUGCAUUGCUUCCAACAUUGCAGGGAACACUACAAAAGUUAUUACCCUUAUUGUGUAUAUCCCUCCGACUAUCGAGGCCGGUGAUUCUGACCUGGUUGUGAUGGAGGGCGACCGCGUGACACUGCACUGUGAGACGAGUGGUGACCCGCCCCCCACCGUGCAGUGGAAGAAAGACAACGUCAUCAUGGACCUCUCCGACAGCAGCAGGGGCGUGUUCAUGCAUGGCACUGGCUCCGUCACCAUCGACAACACCCGGCUCAAAGACGCGGCUCUCUACACAUGCUCAGCUGUCAACCCUGCUGGAGCGGUUUCACAGGACUUCCGUCUCACUGUACACGCUCCCCCUGCAUUGCCCCCGAGUCUGCCCACCUACACUGAGAUCAUCGAGAACAACCCAGUGAUCCUGCUGUGCCCAGCCACAGGCACACCCCCGCCCAAGAUCGUGUGGCUUAAAGAUGGUGUCCCCAUCUCCGGGAACGAGCUUGGCGUUGUCAUGCUGGACGAUGGAUCUCUCGAGUUCUCCAGCGCGCAGGCGGCAGAUUCCGGACAGUAUCGGUGUGUUGCCGAAAACGUGGCAGGAAACACAACUCACAAUGUCAGCCUCAAGAUAUUAGUUCCACCCAAGCUGGUAUCAACGGGUGGGUCGGGUAGUGAUCCUGAUCAGCCGACCGUUAUCGUCAACGACUCCAAGGUGAUCGUCUGUCCCGUCGCUGAAGACGUCGACCCCCCUCCCAUAAUCCUCUGGUACAAGGAUAACCACCUCAUUGAGUACCUGGGGCCAGAGGCGCGGGUGGUGAUCUCAAACGACGGCCGCCAGCUCAUCAUAAAGAGGGCGCUAGUGGAUGACACUGCUAGAUACAGAUGUAUAGCCAGCAACACGGCCGGCGAGAUUGAGAAACUCUUUGAUUUAGAUGUUCUGGUCCCCCCGAAGGUGGAUGAAGAAAGCUCAUCAUUACCCAACUUGACAGUGGUCAUCGGGGAGCCUCUGUUGAUCAACUGUCCACUAACUGGUAUCCCCCCACCAGUGGUCAAGUGGUUCAAAGAUGGGGAACCGCUAGAUCCAGAACUGGACCCGAACAUCGUGAUCCACGCAAGUGGGCGUCGCCUCGAACUGAGGAGAGCGAAGGUUUCUGACAGAGGCUUGUACAAGUGUGUUGGUGAGAACAUUGCCGGAAACACCAAGAAAGAAUAUGCCGUGGUCGUUCAUGUGCCACCUAAAGUUGAGAAACCUGGCCAAGUUGAGCAGUCCCAUGUUGUCAAGGGAGGUAACUUGAGUCUGAGUUGUCCAAUAUCGGGAAUUCCCUUGCCUGAGAUCACGUGGCUGAAGAACGAGGUUCCGAUCAAAGCGAACAGCACAAAGUACACACUGCUGGACGGUGGGUGGACGCUGUUCGUGAAGGACUCGGACGAACAAGACUCAGGGAGAUAUUACUGCCUGGCCGAGAACGAGGCAGGAGAAAAUGAGAAAGCAUUCGAUGUGGAAGUUUUGGUACCUCCGAAGAUAAACCGAAACCAGACAACAUCGACCCCAAACGUGAUAAUUAACAACACGGCCGUGAUGAGUUGUCCUGUGAGCGGAAACCCGACUCCGGAGAUCAUGUGGUACCGUAACGGAGUACUACUCGACCCGGCCAUCAACCCACGUUAUGAGAUCCUGGCGGACGGCCGACAGAUUCGCAUACACAGGACACAGCACAAGGACAGGGGAAUGUACACGUGUUCAACUCGGAAUCGCGCCGGAGACGACUCUCUUGAUUUUGAUCUCGAUGUUUGGGUUCCGCCAAAGAUUGACACAAAGGGAGCGAACUAUGAACCUCGAAUAAUAGUGAAUGGCACAAUCAUUAUGGACUGUCGAACGACUGGUAACCCACCCCCGGAGAUUCUCUGGCUCAAGGACAACCAUGCGAUUAAAGAAGAUGAUGAUGUCACAAUACUGGAGGGUGGCGCACAUCUCAAGAUCAGGAACGCUGCUGUGGAAGAUACCGGACGAUAUACUUGUGUGGUCAGGAAUGAGGCCGGGGAAACUGACAUACAUUAUAAUCUAGGAGUUCAUGUUCCUCCUGUAAUUCCCAACGUGGGAAUAAUCACGAAUCCCAAAGUGAUAGAGAACGAGACGGUCAUCUUGGACUGUCCGGUGCUGGGUAUCCCGGUGCCCAAUAUCAUCUGGUACCAUAACGACCAGCCGCUCGACCUGACGCUCAAUUCCCACAUCAGCAUCCAGGAGUCGGGGCGCAGGCUAGUCAUCGAGGAGGCACAGGUGCCAGAUUCCGGCAAGUACACCUGCGUCGCAACCAACGAGGCAGGCGAGGCAGAAAAGGAUUAUGAGCUCGAAGUUUGGGUUCCUCCUCUGAUUGAUGACAAUUCGCGUGACAAGAACCCGCGUGUUAUCAAGGGUCAGAUGGCCAGCAUGACCUGCCCGGUGUCCGGAAUCCCCUUCCCAUCCAUCCAGUGGCUGAAGAACAACCAGGAGGUGGCAAUGGAUGUCCGGACUCAGAUCCUCAACAGCGGCCUCGUUCUCCGGAUCUACAAUGCCACUGAGGCCGACACCGCCCUCUACACCUGCUUCGUGAUGAGUCCGGCGGGCGAGGACCGAGCCAACUACAAUCUUGUUGUAUUAGUUCCGCCUUCCAUAGACGAGUCAAAUGUUGUGUACAACCCGCGUGUGAUCCAGGGACGCCGCGUGCUCAUGGAGUGUCCAGUGUCUGGGAUCCCCAUCCCCGAGGUCCAGUGGCUGAAAGACGGCCAGCCAGUGGUCGCGGAGCCGGGAUUGCGUAUUCUAAACAGCAACCUCCACUUGGAAAUCGUUCGCUCUCAGGUGGAGGACUCGGCGCGCUACACCUGCAUCGCGUCCAACGAGGCCGGGGAGCUUGUCAGAAACUUCGACCUUGAGGUUCUAGUGCCCCCCACCAUCGACAAGACUGCGACACAAGACAAUCUGUCAGUGGUUCAGAACAAGACGAUCACCAUCAACUGUCCCGUGUCUGGGACCCCCCCUCCCAGCAUGCUGUGGCUCAAGGACCGCACCCCCCUUCUCGACUUCCCUUACCGCGACCUGCGUGUGCUGAACAAUGAGCAGAGCCUGGAGGUCAGUAACGCUCAGCUCGACGACGCAGGAACCUACACGUGUAAAGCGACAAACCCAGCGGGGCAGGACAAGGCCAGCUUUAACCUGGAGGUGUUCGUGCCUCCCAGUGUUCCUAACGACAAGGUAGUCACCGAGCUGAACGUGGUGCUGCACAGCUCGGCCACCCUGGAGUGUCGGGCAGAGGGGAUCCCCAAGCCGUCCGUGCUGUGGCUGAAGGACGGGAAGAUCAUUGAGGAGGAGACCGACCACCAGCUCGAGAUGGUCGACGACGGACGUGUCCUCAGGGUCAAGGCCACGGAGACGCGACACACCGGCCGGUACAAGUGUCACGCUGAGAACCAGGCCGGCUUCACCGAGAAGUUGUACAACUUGAACAUCAUGGUGCCUCCCACCAUCAACGGUUCAGGUGAACUCCAGGAGAAGCCGAUCAUCAUUGACAAUCCCGUCCUGCUUGAGUGUCCGGCCAAUGGGAUCCCCGCACCCACCAUCACAUGGUUCCGACAGGGACGGCCCAUCCCAGCAUACGGGAUCCCCAAUAUCAGAAUUCACAAUGCAGGGAGACAGCUGCAGGUACAGAGUGCUCAGCUUCUCGAUUCAGGGGAAUACCGUUGCCUGGCAACCAAUGACGCAGGACAAGCGAGUCUGGAAUUCUUGGUUUUCAUCAUGGUUCCACCUGAAAUAUCUGAAGGAGAGACUCGAAUAGCGGCACAGCUGGGGACCCAUGCGAUACUGCAGUGCGAGGCAAGUGGCCAGCCAUCACCUAGUGUAACGUGGGUCAAAGAUGGGGAGGUGUUUCCGUCAACCAGUCUGAGACAUCGCCAACUUCACGCGGGCUCCAUCGAGUUCUCCAACAUCCAUCUUGAGGACGCUGGCAGCUACACCUGUACCGCCUCAAACGAUGCCGGAAACAAAUCAAGGACCAUUGAACUUAAUGUUCAAGUUCCAGCUCACAUCCGUCCAACCGGCCCCCAGACGAUCCGGUCGCCUAUCAACAAGGCGGUGAUUCUCCCCUGUGAUGUGGAGGGCACCCCACCACCCAGGAUCCUGUGGCUCAAGAAUCGGGCUGUGCUUCGAAACAAUGAAGGUUAUGAGGUUUUGGACAAUGGCUCGCUGUCUAUCCACCGGAUCAGCCUCGGUCACAGUGGCAUUUACACAUGCAUCGCACAGAACUACGCCGGCAUUGACAAGAGGGAUCUCCGACUUCAGGUUCAAGUUCCUCCCAGAAUACAAGUGUCACAAAGAGAGUUUGAGGUUCUACAGAACCGUACGGUCGUCAUGCCGUGCCAUGCCCGCGGCAACCCCCAGCCCAAGAUACAGUGGAUAAAAGACGGACAGGAAAUCACCUCCGGUUCUUACGACCUCUUGUCGUACAGUCGAGUCCACUACAUCACGCUACAGACCGGCGGUCUGGCCAUCCCACAUGCCAGAGCAGAGGAUACUGGGAACUACAAGUGUAUUGCCAAGAAUGCAGCUGGAAAUACAUCAGUGGAAAUGACCUUGACUGUUCAGAUUCCACCCAUGAUAGAAGCAGCAUCCAAGCAGUACGUUGUGUCUGUGGGUGACAAUGCUGUGUUACCGUGUAAUGCUAGCGGUAUCCCCUUGCCUACGGUGAGCUGGCGGCGUGACGGCCGACCGAUUGACGGAAGAUUGGCCAAGUACACCAUGAACCGGGAUGGGUCCCUCGUCGUGCAACAAGUGAAGGCCGAUGAUUCUGGUAGAUACAUGUGUACAGCCAAGAACGAGGCAGGUCGCGACACUCGCAGCCGGCUGUUGAGAGUACAAGUGCCACCACAUUUUAUUAUCCGCCCGAGGAAUGUUGAGAUUUCUGUUAACGACCGUCUGGAACUGAGGUGUGCCGCUGAGGGAAUCCCAACACCCUCCAUCACUUGGCUACACAACACGGAGAAAAUAUCAUCUCCACCCAGCAUCAAUGGACGUAGUUCGUACAUUGUGAGGAAUGCCAUGAGAGCUGACGCCGGCCAGUACACCUGUGUAGCUUCCAACCCAGCCAGCAAUCAACAGGUGACCACCUCCGCGCAGGUAGUCGUUAAAGUUCCACCUCAGAUGCUGGUUCCUCCUGGCAACCGAGCUGUGAAGAUAGCAGAGAAAGUAGUUCUCCCGUGUUCUGUUGGAGGAGAUCCAAUCCCCGAGAUUUUGUGGACCAAAAAUGGCCGCCCUGUAGAACUGAGUCACCGAAUUCAACAGCUUUCUAAUGGCUCUCUCGUCAUCUAUGAUUCAACUUCCUCAGAUGCUGGGGAGUACCGGUGUAUUGCCAUGAAUGAUGCUGGGACCUCGGAGAGUGCUGCCUAUCUUACUAUCUGGUCUGAGCCUUCUUUUGGAAUUGAGCCGCCACGUAGCUCCAAGGUCGAUCAAGGUCAGACCGUUAUCUUGGACUGCACAGGGAAGGGCGUGCCGAAACCUGACAUGUACUGGUGGAAGGUGACCACCCCGAUCGUGUCCGAGGGGAGAUUUACAGUCCUGCCCAACAAUUCUCUUAGGAUCGUUGCCACACAACUGAAUGACUCAGCUCUGUAUAGGUGUUUUGCCACCAACAAGAUCGGAAAGACAUUUGUUGAAUCAGAAUUGAAAGUGGUAGUGCACGGAUUGUGGGGAGAAUGGGGUGAGUUUGGAGAGUGCAGUUCUAGCUGUGGUACGGGCUUGCAGUACCGCACCAGGUCAUGUGACAACCCGGAGCCAGCCAAUGGAGGGAAGCAGUGUAUAGGAAAGGCGUCCGACUCGUCCUCUUGUCUGACAGCUGACUGUCCAGUGAAUGGUAACUGGGGUAAUUGGCAUGAAUGGCAGCCCUGUACGGCAUCGUGUGGGCCCGGAAGACGUCAGCGACAACGCCUGUGUAACAACCCAGCACCAGAGUUUGGUGGGGACAGCUGUGGCGGAGCGCACACAGACUUGGGCAGAUGCAAUGUCAGGUCUUGUCCAAUUGAUGGUAAGUGGGGUGAGUGGACCCACUGGAGUCCGUGCAGCCUGACAUGUGGAGAGGGACACUCGACCCGGGGGCGCAAGUGUGACAGUCCCCACCCUCAGUACGGGGGGCAGUCCUGUCAGGGGCAGGGCAGUGAGAGGAGGGCAUGUAGAGCUCAGGCUUGUGCAGUUGAUGGUCGGUGGGGAGCCUGGAACGAGUGGUCUCAAUGUUCGUUGUCAUGUGGUGGCGGUAUGAUGUCACGCAGUCGACGGUGCGACAACCCGCGACCUCAGCACGGCGGGUCAAACUGUCUGGGAAUCAGUGAACAGAAGGACUACUGCAACAGUGAACAGUGUCCUAUCCAUGGCAACUGGGCCCCUUGGAGUGAAUUUGGCGAGUGUUCAGCAAACUGUAACAGUGGAAAGCGCCGACGCUUCAGAACGUGUACGAACCCAGUCCCGACAAAUGGUGGCAGGUCGUGUGUGGGACCCGCGGAGGACACAGACGUGUGUAACACUCAGCUCUGUCCUGUGAACGGGAAUUGGGAAACUUGGGGAGAAUGGUCGCAGUGUUCUAAGACAUGUGAUGAGGGAACUCGUGAACGUCACCGCAAAUGUCAUCAGCCUCAACACGGUGGUCGACAAUGUCGAGGCAAUAACGUCCAGAUAGACGAGUGUGUACUCAAGUCAUGUGAUCAAUCUCCGAGAGUGGCGCGAGGUAAUCUGAUUGGUAACAUUAACAACAUCGACAUCGUCGAGUCAACCAUUGUGUCGGAAAUGGAUCCAACAACAUCCGGCACCAAGGUCACGGCAACUGUUAGAAACGUACCUACAAAUAUCGCACGACACUUGCAACAUCUGAUUUCUCUACUGACGCCAGUGUACUGGACGACAGCUUCGGAAAUAGACAAUGCUGUCAAUGGAUACACUUUGACCAAGGGAGAGUUUCAACGCGAAGUGCAGGUGGAAUUUGCAACUGGUGAGAUACUGAAGAUGACUCACUAUGUGACGGGAGUGAACCAGGAUGGAGUGUUGAACUUUGACAUCAUCAUCCGGGGAGAGGUUCCCGACCUGGGGCCCCUCCACCAUGUCUACCUGGCACCCUACAACGAGCAGUACGUACAGACAGGACCCGGUACACUGUAUGCAUAUUCCUCCCGACUGUUCCACGCUGAUGGUCGAAUGAUGCCGUACGCGUGGAACCACACCAUCACCUACAACCCCAAGCUAGGCAAGAUGCCAUAUCUGGUUCAGGAAUUGUACACAGAAGCCAUGGAUGUGUCACUGGACCCGAACGAGGAGUCUGUUCACUUCCAGCUGCUGGCGAGCAUUGCACCAGGAUCACCAAGCAAUCGUUGUCCAUCUGGUUUCUUCCACGAUGAGGACGGCUCCUACUGUAGAGACAACAACGAGUGUGAGCAGUUGAACCCGUGCAGUCACUUCUGUCACAAUGCGCCAGGAAGUUACGCGUGUUCCUGUCCGGCGGGAUUCACUCUCAAGGCCGACGGCCGAUCGUGUCGAGACAUUGACGAGUGUGAGAACGGAGCAACUGUGUGUCCAGCCAAUCAGGAGUGUAUGAACCUGGUAGGCUCACACCAGUGUGUCACCAUCUGUACCGCGGGCUUCAUCCGAAAUCCAGAUACUCUUAACUGUCAAGAUGUGAAUGAAUGUGAGAAGAAGCCCAAGGUGUGUGAACAGUCGUGUCAGAACCUCGUCGGCAGUUACCAAUGCUCGUGUUCGCGCGGAUACAGGCUUGACAACAAGGGGCAGUGCAAAGAUGUCAAUGAAUGUGAACGUAAACGAACUCCAUGUUUCCAAAAAUGUAUCAACACAAGAGGGAGUUACCGGUGCGCUUGUCGGAAAGGAUACAAACUUGCAAGUGAUGGAAAUAACUGUAUUGAUAUCAACGAAUGCUACGAGGGGAUCUUCCGCUGCCGGUCGGACCAGGAGUGUGUGAACAUGAGGGGAAGCUAUGACUGCAUUGAUCUCUGUAAGCGAGGAUACCAACGACUGGCCAGUGGGAAGUGUGAAGACAUCGACGAGUGUGCGACAGGCCAGCACCGGUGUUUCUACAACCAGCGGUGUGUGAACAAGCCGGGGAGCUACCAUUGUCACUGUCCACGAGGGUUCACUUCCAGAGGACCAGGACAGCCAUGUACAGACAUUAAUGAGUGUCUCCGUGUGCCUAGAUUGUGUACCUUCCGCUGUGUAAACAGCUACGGAGGAUAUCAGUGUAUUUGUGCACCCGGCCAGAUCAGGCUCGCAGACAAGAAAUCAUGUGCUGGUCAGAAAUUAGUAAUUGUAUAUAAUUCUGGAUUGGAAUUUGUGGAACCAAGCAGAAUUUUCUCGACAGGAGAAUCACAGAAUGAUCAAAGUUAUGAAACAGCUAGACAUUCUAGAUUUAAGAGGCAGGUGUCAGCUGAAAAACUGCUGACUAGACCAAAUUUCUUACCUGCUAUAAAGGCAAUGCCCUGCAAAUAUGGUUUCUGUGCUUUAAAGCGACCAAGAUUAAAGUGUCCACCAGGAACCAAACUUGACUUGAAACACAAAGACAGAUGUUUGGAUAUCAAUGAAUGCCGAAAGGAUCACCACCCAUGUCAGUACAACUGCACGAACAUCGUCGGCUGGUAUCGCUGUACCUGUCCUCCUGGCUACAGGCUCGGUGUUGACAGACAUAAGUGUGUGGAUAUAAAUGAGUGUAUUGAACAGAGAAUCAGAUGUGGUUCUGAGAAGAUGUGCUUCAACACACGUGGAUCAUACUCUUGUAUUGAUAUCCCCUGUCCCAAGGACUACGCCAGGGAUCCCACAACUCAGUAUUGUGUUCUUGAGUGUGUGAAUCCGAAAAUCCCGUGUCCACCCGGAGCCAAGUACGCCGAUGUGAUUCAGUUCCACACGCUGUCACUGCCAAGCGGCAACAUCGCCCAGGAUCUCAUUCGACUGACGGCGUUCAACCAGGACAACGUCAUGCUCAUUCACACAACCUUCAAAAUACUCGACAACGACCCAAAACUCGAGUUCAAGAUUCGAAUGGAGGGCGGUAAAGGCGUGGUGUUUACUCUCGUGCCUCUCCGAGAUGGCGGCUUGUAUCGGAUUAAAGUGAAAGCCAAAUCAUACGACAACCAACACCAGCAUAUACAGUAUCAGACGACAUUCAUAAUUCACAUAUCUGUAUCACACUGGCCAUUCUAGGACACUGGUUUGUGGGGAUACAGGAGCGGUACGGAGUAGUGGGUCCAGAGCACAGUGUGUGAGGUUAUAUUCUACCCACAAUCCCAGCCAUCAUGGUUGAUUUUGGUUGCAAGAGAGAGUUCAGAAAUACUACCAGAGAUAUGUGGUUAAACAAGAUGGAGUCAGACUUAAAAUAACUGAGUGUUAUAUGUUUAUGUCCAGCAGAUGUCUUUUGGAAGUGAUAUAUUAUUUACUGACAGUAUUGGAUAAUUAUUUUAAAAUGUUUGUUUAAUAUGACCAUGUAACAUUUUAUGUUUAUAUAAUUUGAAAUAAAUUCUAUGCAAUUUACUAUCACAGAACAUUUCUUUUAGAACUAGAAAGCAUGUAAGAAUAAAAUUUGAUUGUUAAUUUAGAAUGUCUUAUGUAAAAAUUCAUGAACUUAAAAGAAAUGUUUUAAAACUUGUUUAGAAUUUUGAUUGAAACCUAGAAGUCUUUACAGUAUGUGAUGCAACAGUGCUUUACUUCAACAAUGAGCUAAUAUUCAGAAAGAUCAACAUUAAAGCUAAUUAUGUUUUCUCAGUCUUGUUCCGUGUCAUUUGAAUGGCUUAAUGAUGACUAUUAUCCAUAUACUGUUCCAUACCAUUAUGCCUAUAUACAGAGAUGAAAGGUUUCUACAUUUAUCCGCAAUUCUGGAUUUUUAAUUGUAUGUAAAGUGUUUCCAUAUUUUCUGCUGUUUGUUAAAAAAAAUUCUAUUUUCUCUAUCCAAAACUUAACAUAUGGUUUUGGCUGAUACUUUACAUAUAUUCGGAACUGUAUUCACCAUUUUAGAUCGUUGUCCAAGCCUAACAUUAGGGCCAAAACUCAGUACUAGUAGUAAAAUUUCUGGAUUAUUUUUUUCAGAACCCAUUUUCAUCUCUGUAUAUAGGCCUUUAUGUAUGACAUUUAUUGAAAAUAAUGUCAUUUUUAAUGCUUCUUCGUACAUCCUUUUAUGAUAAAAAAAAAAUAAGGUUGAAUUAAAAACAUCUUAUUUUAUAUUAUUUUGAAAAUAGGGUACAUGUAGGUAGGUAGGAAAACAUUUUUAUUUUGGAAAAUUAUUUUAUACAGUAAAUUAAUCAACACCAAAGUGAUUGAUUCGUAUCAUUUUGUUUAUACCGGUAAUAAUUUUUGGGCUAGUCCUGGGUGAGCAAAACAUUUCACCAAAUUAUGUCAACAAAUGCAAAUCCGGUCAUUAUUUUUCAACAAAAUACCAAUUGUUACAAGUUACUUUUUCGUCAUAUUAAAAUAAAAUUCACCUAUUCCCAAAAUUUACACCUGACAAAUUUGGUGAGUGGCAGAGCUAGCUGUUAUUUUUAAAAAGUAAUUAGGCUCAGCAAGUGAAAUACAGGAUCUGUCUGGUAACCAAGAAAACUAAAAUCUAGAUUUUAUUUCUCUCCUCAUCACACUUAAAUCGCAUUAUAUGUUAUCAGAAAUUAGAAACCUUGUUUGAAAAUUGCACUGAAAUAAUUCACUUGUUUCAUAAAACUAUUUCUCUUCUAUUAUGUUCAAACUUGUAAACCACUGAAUAAUUUAGAUAAUUAUGUAGCAAAUUUUGUUAAUAAUAAUAAAAUAGAAGUUUAUCACCAUUGUAAGAUUCAAACACAUAAUUAUUAAUUGUUGACUGAAAGCUAACUAUUCUGGCUACCAUAUAAUAUCAUUAAAAAACCAACACACUGGGUCCCAAUUAUUUGUUCAGUUCAAACAUUAGAGCUAUGCUUAAAGUUAGAUUUAGUUAUAAACUUUGAAUGUGUAGUCUUGGGUAUCCUAUAUUCUUAUAUACAAUGUGCAAUGGAAAAUGUUUUCAGGCAAAUGUAGUAUGCUAUGACAAUUACAGAAAUCUUGUGCAAUAUAAAGUAUACUCCGCUUCAUUCAAAACAUACCGGCUAUUUUUUUACUUGUUAUUGCUGUUGUAUGUGUGUUGGGCUCACAAUGGUAGAAAUUUAGUUUUAGCCAAUUUUCAAAUACAUAGAGAAUAUCCUUGAAAAAUAUUCAAAAGUGGCUUUUAUUAGCCAAAAACUAAAUGUUGUAGCCGCUUAGCAUAAAAAUUAGCAAUUGGCUAAGUUGGAAUGGACAGGGUGAGCCCUACAUGUGUGUGAGGUUGCUAUGAAACACACAAAUCCUAACCCUUGUGAACAAUUUUUGGGGUUAUUCAACCAAUUAUCCAAAAUCUAUCAAAUAAUUAUUAUCACAGUUUGAUUUUUUCUUGUAUCCUUUUUACAACUACAAAUCUGAUUGGUGCAUUUUCAACAGAGUGCAGUAUAUUUUAUAAUCUUUCUUUUUUUCAGGGGUGGGGGGUGGUAUGGGGGGGUUGGUUCUCAUAGUGAGUCUUUAUUUUGCAGUCAAGUGCUAUUAUUUUUUUUUUUUUUUUUUAACAUUUGUGAUUUAAAUGUUUGUGUUCUUAUAAUAUAGAUCAUAAUGUACUUUUUUUAUUCACUUUAUCCUUUUAAUCAUUUUAUAUAACAAACAAAACUGAGAAACAAAUUGUGCUAAAUGGUUAAUGUAUCAAGAUAUUUGAGGAUAUCUAAUUUUCACAAGCCGAAUGUGUUUAAUAGUUAGUGUGUAAAUAUAUACAUUUAUUGGUAUAUGAAAAUAUAACUAUUAUAAUAAAAGACAAAGAAUGUGAUUCUGUAUCCACGGAUACUGAAAGACAUAGAUGUACAUGUAAGUAAUUUCUUCUUUUCGUUUGCUUGUUGACUACACGUCGAGGCCAGCAGUGACUAUAAACGAUACUGUUCUCUGUAGAUCACUUCUUGUGCCAUACAGCUUCUUCUUGAGAGUUGUUGUAGUUGUCCAGGUAGUCUCCCUCAGCUGGUGUAGGUUUAUGUAGUCUUGGAUGACAUGUUUGGUCGUCUAUUCUGCUUCGCCAUACGAGCACAUGGAAGAAGGUACCAGCCAGAACCUCUUAUGCAUAUGCUGGUUCAGCCUGUUGUGUCCAGUCCUUAGUCGGAAAAUGAUGACCUGUUCCUGACGGGACAGCAAGUAAUGAUCAUUGGUCUGUUUGGGAGGUCUAUAGAGAUUUAAUAUGGGAUUUCAUCUCUUCAUGUAAGUGAUUAUGAUGGUAAUUUAUAGUCCAUCCUACAGCGAACACCUUUUUAUUUACUAUGAAAUUUACUACAAGUUAUUUAUUUCUGAGCCGAUUGAUUUCUAAAUUGGACACAAAAAUAUUUUUUUUUUUUUUUUUUUUUUAAAACACUUUUACUUUUUUUUACAUUAAACCAAACUGAAAUUAUUUACAAAAAAACAUAUUUAGAGAAUGACUAUAGUACUUGGGGCAUUUAGUACUUGGGGGCAUUUAGUACUUGAGACAUUUAGUACUUGAGGCAUUUAGUACUUAGGGCAGAUUUUUCUCAUACAUUGUAUUCUUUGGUAGGUGGGAUUAUUACUGAAGUUGAAUUUUGCUAGUAUCCAUGUACGGUAAUUAGGUAAUUAGUUUCUCCGACACUUGUGUCACUCUAAACUAUAGACAUCAUGGUGUCGUGAAACAUUUCUUCUGAGUAAAGUGCCACCCCAUACAUCUUUGCUUACAGCUGUAUAGAUCCGAGUCCACAGUGUUUAUGUGAUUUGUAACUCCAACAUGAAUACUUAUUUGCUAUGUCAGAUUUUCUUAACUUUUCUGAACUCGUAAAAGUUAAAUGGUACCAGGAAAAAAUCGAUAAGAUUCUAUAAAUAUCUGGGUGCAAAUACUUAUUGGCAUUAUUUUUUUUUUUUUACUUUUUAGUUUUACUACUGUAGCAAACAAAUACAUACAGAGAAACAAAGGUCAUGCAUUAAAUUAAUUUUUAUGUGGCUUUUAGUUUUAAACUAUGCAUGUUUCGUACAUGCACUCCAACUGGUUUGGAAAAUAAACUUUGUAAAUGUUUUAGUUAUCACUUAUAUACUGUUAUAAUAAAACCUUCUUAAACUGA